GCUCGCUCUCUCUCUCUCUCUCUCAUCUCAAAGAAAUUUUGAUGAUCAUCUUUUCUCUCGUACAAAUCCAUUACCAUUCACAUGUUGCUGGUUUAUCUCAAAUACAUGUCACGCCUUCUCAUUUCAAUCUCUGUCCUGUGACAUGAUAUAUUUUCAGUCGGAGACUUGAUAUGAACACCGUUCCAUUUUGUUCCUUCCUUCGUCCUAGCUAGAGCUUCAUACUACGAGUGCUAGCCUCUUCUUCUGAGCGUUUUAAUUCACAAGUCACAAGUCAUUGAGAGGGAGGAAAAAAACAAGACUUGGGUCUUGUUCUUAGUUUUGGCAUACGCUUUCGGUUUUGAGAGCUUCAUGGGCCCGUAGAGGUUUAUUAGAAAGGAUGCAAAAGAAUCAGCCAUGGGUUGCUCUGCUGAAGAUUUGGUAGCGUGGAGAGAUUUCCCCAAAGGUCUCAGAGUCCUGCUGCUUGAUGAAGAUGCCACCUCUGCUGCUCAAACUAAGCUGAAGCUUGAAGCAAUGGACUAUAUUGUUUGUUCAUACCGCAAUGAGAAUGAAGCAUUGGAAGCGAUUUCUAUGAAGGCGGAAAGCUUUCAUGUUGCAAUUGUAGAGGUGACUUCUUCUAAUAGUCAAGGAAGCUUCAAAUUUAUUGAAAUGGCUAAGGACCUUCCUGUCAUAGCUAUCUCUGAUGUUCGUUGUCUGAGCACCAUGAUGAAAUGUAUAUCACUUGGUGCAGCUGAGUUUCUUCAGAAACCACUAUCUGAAGAAAAACUCAGAAACAUAUGGCAGCAUGUAGUUCAUAAGGCCUUUAACGCAGGGGGAAACGACAUCUCAAAAUCGUUGGAGCCAAUAAAAGAUACUGUUGUUUCAAUGCUUCAGCUUCAGUCAAAUACUGAGAGGGAAACUUCGGAGAAAGAUCAAGAAACUAAACAAGACAGUUCGGAAGAAAGCGACAGGUUUCAAGCACCGUCAACUCCACAAUUGGUUACAGGAGGAAAGGACGAUGAAUAUUUCCAAGACCCAGUAACCCACACGAAAGAUAAUUUGGACAAUUCCACAGACUUGAUUGAAGUAAGAAAAUAUAGUCAUUCUAAAUCAAAACCCGUCGACAUUACAACCAGUAGUUUGCCAAAUUUAGAUAGUAGUAGAGAGGACGAAAUGAUUUCUCGUCACAUAGAGGAGGAGGUAACCUCAGAUAACGGUUCUAAAACUGAUGAAUGCAGUUCUAUUAAAGACAGCUGUGAGCCUUCUUUGCAUAUGAACAAGGGUGGUAAUAUGGAAUCCAGUGUGGAGGAGCACAAGAAAAAGAAAUCAUUUCUUCGCAGUAGUUCAACUUCACAUAGCAACAAGGGUGAUCGGAGAAAGACAAAGGUCGAUUGGACACCUGAUCUUCAUAGAAGAUUUGUUCAGGCUGUUGAACAACUUGGGAUUGAUCAAGCUAUCCCUUCCAAGAUUCUAGAGUUGAUGAAAGUAGAAGGCUUAACGAGGCAUAAUAUAGCCAGUCAUCUACAGAAAUAUCGGAUGCAUAAAAGACACAUUUUACCAAAAGACGACGCAAGGUGGAAGUUGCAUAGGGAUUCCAUUCCAAGGGGUUACAUGCAAAAACCAGUAGUGGUAAUUCCUCCUUUCCAUUCCAGCUAUGGUCUUCCCUCAAGUCAGGUUUAUCCAUUCUGGGGCCAUCCCAACUAUUAUACCCCUGGCUUCCCAUCAUGGCAUCCACCUCAAGGAAAUUGGCUAUGGAAAGCUCGUCCUGGGGUGCAUGCUGAUGCCUGGGGUUGCCCUGUUGUGCCACCUUAUAGCCAAUUUUCCAUGCCCCCACAGAAUACAACUUUAUGUAAUGGUUGGGAUGCUAGUGGAGGUAGAAACAGUGUUUCAAAAGACUCAUGUGACUUUAACCUGGCAGACGAAGUGAUUGAUGAGGUCGUGAAGGAGGCAAUGAGCAAACCAUGGCUUCCUCUUCCAUUAGGCCUCAAACCACCCUCCCUUGAUAGCGUCCUCAACGAACUUCAACGUCAAGGAAUACGCACAAUCCCUCCAAUUCCUCGCAGCUGAGCCUCACAUGACAGUGCCAGUAAAUAAAAACACCAAUCUGAGACACUUCUGGUUUUGGUCUUUCUUUUGUAGCUAGAUUAUCUCUUUGUGUCAUUUUGUGUGGGAAAUAUUUGGAGUAUUGAAACAAGUUAUGUGGUCAACUAUUGAGCCCUGGAGAAGUUAGAUGAGAAAAUUAUGUUUCGAUCUAUCAGCAAUGCCAAAUAUUUGUGCAUAGUUAAAUGAUCGUAAUUUUUUUA